UUCAAAUGUUUAGGUCUCCCUCCUGACAGGCGUUCCCACACGCACACACCUCACCUGAAGGUCCAACAAUGGCGAAUAACUCCAACACCAACAAUGAAAAUCUAUUUUCUUCAUUGAUUUGUGAUAUCAAAACCUACAAUGGCGCAGAUCCUCUUCUACCAUGGCUCCGAGGCAUUAAGAAGAUGACGGAUUUAUUACCUCAACAGCUACUCAAACAGAAACUUCCUCGGUUUCUUCAAAAGUGCGCUCAAACUUUCGAAACAGACCUCCGUUACCGCAACGAUUUACGCUAUCUUCGUGUUUGGAUGAAAUUGUUGGAUUUUGUUGAUGACCCUGGUGCUGUUCUGGAGAACAUGAAGGCGAAUCACAUUGGGAACAGGAGAUCACUAUUUUACCAGGCCUAUGCUCUUUAUUAUGAGAAAUUGAAGAAAUUUACUGAUGCUGAAAAGAUGUAUCAUUUAGGGGUGCAAAAUCUUGCAGAGCCACAAGAUGAGCUUCAAAAAUCAUUCGAUCAAUUUCUUCACAGAAUGGAAAGACACAAAAACAAAAAGACUCGGGGGGUAGGUUUAGUGAAGGAUAAACCACCUUCAACACAAUCAAAGUCCCGACAAGUAGAGGACAAAAAAGUAAUUUCACCAAGUUCGGAAGAUGAGAAGGGUAAGGUUGGAAAUAUUGGAAGUGGAGUAGAUGAAACGGUUGUGGUAAGAUUUACAAAAACUGCAAUUGUUGGAAAAUCUAAAGCUGAAGAUGCACGUCAUCAUGGUCUUGUGGAACCCACAAUCAACACCAAAGAAGCCAUGGAUGCUAUAAAUAGCAUGUUUCGUGAGCCUUUAGGUCCAGAACCUUUUCAAAACUCCAACUCCAAUCCAAAAAAAGAUAAAGAAAAUGCUGACAGCUUCAAGGUGUUUAAUGAUAAUGACACGGGUCGACCCGUGGAGGAACCAUUUCAAAUAUAUUGUGAUCAUGAUGAUGAUGAAGAGAAAAUAGUAGAAGAUCAAAAAGACAAAUUUGAGGAAAAAGUGAAUCCAAAUAUGACAAAAGGUUCAUUCGUUUUUCAAAUUCCUAAAGAUAUUCCUGUAGAAUGUCCACAAGAAAAAUUCAGAGAAGAUACAGUGAUGUUGAGGUUUGUGGGGUCCACCAUAGCAGAUGAGCCAAAGGUGGAAAAUGUUUGCCACCAUGGUCUAGUGGAGCCCACAGUGAACUUGAAGGAGGCCAUGGAUGACAUUAAUGGCAUGUUUGGGAAACCUAUAGAAUUUGUAAGGAAGAGAAGACCAAGAAAGCAGGAGAAAGAGAAACCCUUCGAGGAGAAGAAAACUUCCAUCUCAUUUUUGAUACUUCCAGAUGAUGAUGAAAAUGACAAAUUUCAAGAAAAGAUUUGCAAACCGAGUGGUUCAUCUUCAAGAAAAGAAAAUGAUUUGUUUGAGCAAACUGUUUGCACAAAAGAGGCCAUGGAUGAUAUAAACAAGAUGUUUGCAAUGCCAUUAGACUUUUGAACAACUUUGUAAUUGUAAGAGCCAUUAAACUGUUUCCCUUUCUUUUCUUUCCUCGAAGAAAGUCGUUUAGUUAAACAUUACAAAUAAGCGCAUUAAUAUCAUUAAAGAUAGAACGUAACAAAAUCAACUCGAAUACAACAAAAAGCGAACAACAUAAUAAUCAUGAAAUCAGUUAAUGAAAUGAAAUUUAAGGAGUGGUUUAGGUUUCAGUUUCAGUUUCAGGGUCGCAAUUAGAAGGACGAAAAGCCAAGGGUCCAGAUCCAUAAACCACAGCUUCAUAAUCCUUCCCAUGUAACACCUUGUUCUCAAAUUUCAAAGGCGACCCAUUGAUGCCAUUGUUAACAUUCGACAAAAGAUUGCAUGUUGCAAGAGGAGAUGACACAAGCUUCACAUGGCAAGCAUGAAGAGGAUGAUCCAACAAAUAAUGUGUCAUUUUGAAAUCUUUAAGCUCUGCGUAGAAAUACCCUUCUUCAUUGGUCGCAAAAGUGUUGUAAUAACUGACUCUUUUUUUAUGGUUUUUGCAAAUGACACUGACUUUGGCUGCCGGAAUUGGCUCAGCUCCGGUGAGAGACCAUGACCCGAAGUAUUUACAGCUCUGACAGUAGACCUUUCCUUCCA